AUGAGUCCUCCGAUAAAGGCAAGGAAAUUGCAUGUGAGGAUCAGUAGUCAGAAUACUUCGAAAAUUCGCACUGUAGAAAUUGGGCUACACAGAAACAGCUCGGAGAUGGAAAAACUCAACUCACAGCUAUAUUGGCAGAACUACUGCAUAAUCAAGGAAAACGAAAGGUUGAGGAGGAAGGCUCAACAGCUGAACCAGGAGAACCAGGCUUUGUUGUCUGAGCUGAAGCAAAAGCUAGCCAAAGGAUGCUCCAAUCCAGAACAAGGCUCCUGUCUUAGCUCCACAUCCAACCCAAACUACAGUGACCCCAGCAAACCGUAACCAUAAUCAUAAGACUGCAUUCAUUGCAUUUAUUUUUAACCACAGGUACCUUUCUGCUGUUAUCUAUGCAAUUUCUAUAUUGGAGGAAGAAAAUAUUGGUUUAUUUGAAUAAUGAAGUUCUGAGCACCAAAAUAUGAAUGACACGAUAAUUUUAACUUUC